AUGGCUGAGUUCUGGCUGAUUUCAGUUCCUCUGGACAAAGUCAGUUCACAAUCUUUGGAAAAGCUUAAAAGGGUCACAGUCAAAGCCGGACUGGGAAGCUACUUCAGAUUCCAAAUCCCAGAGCUGAAGGUAGGCACACUGGAUGCGUUGCUCAGUGUGUCCGAUGACCUCUCCAGACUGGACUCCUACACAGAAACCAUAAUGAGGAAAACAACUCAGUGUAUAGCGGAGCUAAUGGAACAAUCCAGUGACAAGCUCAUGGAGAAUGCUCUGGCUAAUGGAGAGCCAAAGGCAUGUCGCAAAAUUCCCCAGUCACCACUGAAAGUGUAUCUCCAAGCCUUGCGGGUGGAUCUGACUGCAUAUAUGACGAGGUUCCAGUGGGACAGAGCCAAAUAUCCCACCGCCCUGCCGCUUAAAACACUCUCUGAUCUUAUCCUCAAGCAAGUGGCCCAGGUUGAGACGGAGCUGAAGUCUCGUAAUACUGCAUACAGUGAUGUGAAAAUGAGUCUGCGAACACUGGAGCAGAAAAUGGAGGGAAGUCUGCAUACCAGAGCUCUGACUGGUGUUGUGAGAAAGGACGACUUAGUUCUCAACUCUGAGUAUCUCACCACUCUACUGGUUGUCGUCCCCAGGACGUGCAUCAGGCAGUGGGAGAACACCUAUGAAUCCAUGUCAGAUUUUGUGGUUCCUCGCUCCAGCAGGAAGUUGCUGGAGGAAGAGGAUGCAGGGAUUUUCACAGUGACGCUAUUUAAGAACGCUGUCAAUAAAUUUAAAGCCAAUGCCAGGAUACACAAAUUUGUGGUGCGAGACUUUAACUUAGAGGAAUCAGAGUGGCAACGACAGGAGAUGAGCCGUCUCAUCAGUGAUGAGAAAGACCAGUAUGGAAUAUUUGUGCGCUGGCUGAAGGUGAAUAUAAAGGAAGUGUUUGUGGCCUGGAUCCACAUCAAGGCUCUCCGAGUGUUUGUCGAGUCAGUGCUCAGGUAUGGCCUGCCAGUCAGUUUCCAGGCUCUUCUGCUCCAGCCAGAGAGGAAGCAGAUCAAACGUCUACGUGAGGAACUUAGCUCUGUGUUCACACACCUGGACCCCAUGGCUGCAGCGGGAAAACAGGAUGUGGGAUUUGACAUUGCAGAGGUUAACAUAGGACAGCAAGAUUACAACUCCUACAUUCAUUAUCCAAUCAGCAUUAAUUUAGUGGACUCCCACUAG